GAGUUUUUCCACAGGUAAGUUGCGUCCAGUCUGUUGGGGGAACCUGUGGGAGGCACACAGAGAGAGAGAGAGAAGACUGAAGAGCUGUCUUGUGGACUAAGCAAAAUAGAGACUGAUAAAGAGAAAGAGACUUUGGAGUUAUAGAGACGAAAAUAAGCAUUUUUGGUAAAAAGAUCUUCCCACUUCCUGUCCCACCUGAUCCCGUAGUAAAGAGCAGUCAGUAAUCGGAUGACAGGAGAUUUGAUAAGCCACCCCCGACAGCUCCUGCAGGGGCUUAGACCUUUCUUCUAGCCCUCCUCGGCAUCAAGAAAACACCAGCUCUCAUCACGAGCUGAACACAGACUUGUGUUGGUAAGGACCCUAAUCAACAGCAGCCAUGGGUGAAAUGGAGCAGAUGAAGAAGGAGGCCGAAGCCCUGAAGACACAGAUCGAGGCGGCUCGUAAAGCAGUGCAUGACACAGACAUGGCCUCCGCCGCUUCUGGGGUGGCUCCGGCCCCUCGGGUCCAACUCAAGACCAGGAAGAAUCUCAAAGGCCACCUGGCCAAAAUCUAUGCCAUGCACUGGAGUACAGACAACAGGCUAAUGGUCAGUGCAUCACAGGACGGCAAACUUCUCAUCUGGGAUUCUCACACUGGAAACAAGGUCAAUGCUGUUCCCCUCAAGUCCUCGUGGGUGAUGACCUGUGCAUAUGCUCCUUCUGGAAACCUCGUGGCCAGCGGUGGUCUCGACAACAUGUGUACUGUCUACAACUUGAAGACACCUGUAAUCAAGACGGUGAAAGAAUUGGAUGCUCACACAGGUUACCUGUCCUGUGCACGCUUCCUCAGUGACACAGAGAUUCUAACCGCUUCCGGUGAUACCACAUGUGCAUUGUGGGAUUUGGAGACUGGAAAGCAGAAGACGGUUUUCCUGAAUCAUGUUGGAGACUGCAUGUGUCUGUCGCUGUCUCCAGACAUGAACUCCUUUGUUUCCGGUGCUUGCGACUCUCUGGCCAAGCUGUGGGACAUCAGAGACGGCCAGUGCAAGCAAACCUUCCAGGGUCACACCAGUGACAUCAACGCCAUUUCAUUCCUCCCUAGUGGCAAUGCAUUUAUCACCGGCUCUGAUGACUGCACAUGCAAAAUGUAUGAUCUUCGUGCCGAUCAAGAAGUGAUCGGUUACCAGGAUGCAGCCCUGAACAGCGGCGUAACAUCACUGGCUCUCUCCAUGUCUGCCCGCCUCAUCUUUGCUGGUUACGAUGACUUCAACUGCAAUAUUUGGGACUCGCUAAAGGGCGAGAAAGUGGGUGUGUUGUCUGGCCAUGACAACAGGGUGAGCUGCACCGGAGUACCACCAGAUGGCAUGUGUGUUUGCACUGGCUCAUGGGACAGCUUCUUGAAGAUUUGGAACUGAGUUGGACCCUGAAAGAAGAUGAGAUGGGAAUGAGAUUGAGAUUAAGAAUGAGAAAGAAAGGUUGAGAGAGAGAGGAUGAGAAAUGAUCGAUUUCUGAGCAACAAAGAAUCACACACACACAAACAAACACACAAAGGUCCACCUGGGAUUUCUGGAAGACUGGAUUUCAUUAGAAUAUAUAAUAUGCAAUAUUUAAAGGUAAAAAAUGUAAGUUGCAACUAACACAGGAUUGCAUUAAUGUUAACAUGACAUGAUAACCUCAGGACAAUGAAACUUUGACUUGAAAUUGUAAUGAUUUUGACAGCAUAAUCAUUUAAGCAUUUAAAAUAUAGUAUUACAUAUUUUUUUUGUCCAUUAAGAAUCCUUAUCAUUAGAUGAAAGUUUGGAGGAACAUUUUUUAU